AUGUAUUCCCCGGAAAAGUAAAGUUUGUCAAUAUUUUGAUUGCUCGAACCUCUUGCGAGCUACAAUUUAUUUUAUUUUCCGUGAAAAACUAAUGCCGUGAGCGUGGAAAAUGGAAGUGAAAUACUUAAGCUGGAGCCUGGUAAUCCUGGGCCUCUCAAUGAAUCUCCUGGGACUCUUCUGGUGGGCUGCAAUUGUAUUCGGGAGCAUCGCCUUCAUUUUAGGAUUUGUAGCCGUUCUAUACUUACAGCAUGAGCACAUGGACAAGUUCCUACAGAAUGACAUUCGAAAUCCUCUCCAGGAGACUAAAAUGCCUCUUGGCCUGAACCUUGAUGGGGGCUCUGGGAAAGGAUCAGCAGCACCGCACGAGGAGCAGAAACUGUGGAAGCCCUUCGAGAAUAUCAAGAUUUAUACGGAAAGGAGGAAAUCCUACGAUUGCUCCCAUUCGCAACAUUCGCAAUCACAUCAAACAGAGACUCCUGUUGCUGUUGGGGAGGAUGUUUCAGUACUCAAUACUCCGUCAAAGUCCUCAUCAAAAGCCAACUCAUCUCCGCAUAAAAACAAAAAGACCGUCCUUAGUGGGAAUAAACAAGUCGACGUACUCCUUCACACAAUCAUUGACUACAUUAUCAGGGACUUUAUAGACUCCUGGUUCUGCUCCCUGUCCGAAGACAAAGAGUUCAGUGAAGUGAGAGUUCGAAACUCAAUUGAAGAGUUUGUCACAAACAUUUGCAUGCGCAUUAAAGGCACUCAGUGGCUACCAUUGAUCACCACCAAACUUGUGGACGAUUUGGCCACUCAUACGAAGCUAUAUCGUCUGGCGCAGCAAUCAGUGGCUGCAACUAAUGCUGAUGAUCCCAAAUCCAGACUCUCCGACAAGUUGUCUCCGCAGCGAAGCAACAGACAUCAUCGACGCAAUAAGAGUGAAACGGACCUCACUUGGCAUCUCGGUAAUGCAGCAGUUCAGAAAAAUGUUGCAAAUUCAAAGUUCUACACAAAGACAAUCGACGAGCAAACGCUCCUGGACCCGGAGUUGAAGCUCCUGCAUGCAUUCUUUGAUCACUGUGGCACCUUUCAGAAGGAAUGCCUCAAUGAGGAUGAUCUUGAGGACUACUUGACGCAUAUCAUGGAAACAGUGCUCUACUUCACACUCCCAGAGGAGGAUUUUGCAUGCCUUCCACUUCGGACAUUCCUCUGCACCUUGCUGGCUAAUGUUGUGGUGAAACCGGCUCUGGAAAUGCUCGCUGAUCCGGAUUUUAUGAAUCUUCAAGUUGCAAGAUUAUUCAAUAAGGAACCACCUCCUGGGGAAUUCCUACUGAAACUCAUCCGACAAUGCACAGAUUUGUCGGAAUUGCGAGCCUGCAGGCAACUUAUAACGAAAGAAAUGGAUCUGAAAUACCGAGAUCCCAAUUAUGCAGCUGAAUUGGCCAGCUUGAAGUAUGCCCAGAAGCUAAUAGACUUAAGGAUAAGCUACAUUCAGAAUAAUAAAUUAACAACUAAUCGCUCCGAGAGGGAGAAACUCUCCUCAACUCUGCCAAUUCUUAGUUUAGAUGAUCUCCUGACAAAGGAGCUGGCACUCUCGUACUACUUAGACUACCUGAGUAUUCUCAAUCUGCAGAAGUACGUAAUUUUCUACCUCACAGCCCAAGAGUGGCGAAUUACCACAACGCAGACCCUGGCGGAUUUGCAAACGAAUAAAAUAAAGAGUCCUCGAGAAGAGGUCUUUAAGGGCAUGAGGGAGAAAGCGUACAGCCUGUAUCGGGAGUACCUCAUCCCACCAUCCACAAAUUGCCUGACUGUUGAUCCGGGGCUUGUGGAAGUACUCAAUAUCAAACUUAAGGACACAUCAGUCCCACCGGAAUGUAUGUGGUUUGACUCAAUCUGCAAGUUUGUCUAUGAAAAGCUUAAGAAUGAGGAUAUCUUCCUGGCGAAUUUCUACCACAGUUCGGCCUACAAGAAGCUCCUGCUGGAACUUGAUGUUCUGGGGCAUAAUCAGGAAGUUCUUGACGUUGAUCUGCAGGGAUCGAAUGUUGAGAGUGGGAGUGAUAAUAAUUCCGGCGAUAUUGCCUUCGAUGAUGACGACAACACGGAAGAUGAGAAGAUUGAGAUUACAACGGCGGGGAAGGGUGAUCCAAACCCGGAUAUUCGUAUUACAACGGUUGACAAGGAAAUCAUCGGGAUGAGCUAUGAUCUGUCAGUCCUGCCCUUUGUUACGCAGAAUGAUGGAGCAAACUUCAAGCAUUCUCGCUCUCAUAGUGAUUGUACGGGAAUUGUGGCGAGUAUGCCUGAGGUGCAGGAUCCUCUGAGGGAGGGAGUCCUGCAGCGAAGAAGAGAGGAUCCUGCGCCAGUUGUAGGAGAUUUCCUUGACGUGAAGACAGCUGAGAGGAAAUCCUCGUUUGAGAGCGAAAAAGGCAAACUUACAGCUAAAAUCAUUCAGACUGCUCUCAUCAGCGAUGGCCUGUAUGCUGUUUACGCUGUCCAGGUGUCCGUUGUGGAGGAGAAUCACCACAAAAGCUGGCACAUCUACAGAAGAUACUCCAAAUUCCUCGAACUAAAGAAGAUUUUGCAGAAAAAGUUUCCGGGAUUGGGGAAGUUGCCAUUUCCGGCGAAGAAAGCAUUCCAGAAUACUCAGAGAACCGUCCUUGAGCAUCGAAUGACGAUCCUCAAUCAAUUUCUCCGUGAAAUUUGCACCAAAGCCCAAGGGAAUGAUGACAUGAAUGCAAUAAUCCGGGAUUUCCUGGAGCCAGAUACCAAUGACAAGAGGAUGCAGGGUGGUCCAGUCAUCAGGACGAUUGAGAGCUUGGUGAACCCCUUGAAAACGGGUAUGAGGACUAUUCGGAACAUGCCGGAUAAUCUCGUUGGGGGCUUAGCGAAGAUUUUCCUUGGGCGGGGUUCUCUGAAGGAACAACCACCCUUCAUGGGUGUAACGUCAGCAAUUCAACUCGAAUCCUCCGAAUACCCAGCCCUGGCAUCAGCUCUAAAUCUCCUCGAUGAGGUGUUUGAUCUACAAAUGCGCUCUCAGUGGCUCCGUAGGGGGAUAAUCAAUCGCCUCCUGGGGGCUCCCUGGGUGAGCAGUGCGGCAAAUAAGAAAAUCAUUCAGGGCGCCAAAAAUCUCAUUGAGGUGGACAAGAUUGAGCUUCUCCUGUCCAGUGUGCUCAAUAGUAUUUGGCCAGAUGGGAAGCAAGCGCGCAAGAGUGUCCCGCGGGAGGACAACACGAAGCUGAGGACGCGAAUGGCAGCAAAGAUCGCCCUCUUUGCCCUCCUGUCGGACGAUCUUAAGCACGUUGUGGGGUCAGAGACCACACGAUCGGGCCUUCUGAACUUCUUCUCAAUGUGGCAACACAAGACCCUCAAUCUGCGGCUUGUUCUUGUCCUCCUCAAUGAUGUAUUGACUCUUCUCUAUCAGACGGACAGUAUGACAAAGCAUGUCGAUAGACAGUGAUUUUUUUUUAAUUCGUGAUUUUUUUUAUUAGAGCUUUUUUGCACUCAUUUGUCCUUUCUUCAUUUAAAAGAAGAAAACGAAAGAAAGAAAAUAAUUCAAAGGAGCACGUAUUAAGGUGACAAGAAUGAGAUUUAGUUGAGAAGAAAGAAUAAAUAAAUUAAUAAGAUGGUAUUUAAA